AUGGCCGGUCCACAAGUUCAACAUUGGCUGCACAAUCUCUCAACACCACAGCAAUGGCGCCAUUUAUUUCGCGCUACGCUGCGCGAAUGUACCUACCUUCCUGACCCGAUCGCUCGCACCUACAUGAAAGAUCAUAUCAUCUCCCGAUACCGCGCUGUUUCCUCCCGUUCCAACAAGGCUGGUCCUCAAGUGGUGCACGCAGCAAGAAAUGCGUUAUCGGUGCUGCGGCGAGCAAAUGAAGGCUACUCACGUCCUCUUGAGAAGGUGUUAUUUCUGUCAUACGGCCGCACUGGGAGACGGCGACAUGAGUUGCUCGCCAAGUUGUUAAAGCCCGAAAUACCGAAUGACUCCGUGGAUUUGAAAAGGCUACUUGCUCAGCCUGCUGAGUUUGAUGAUGGCUGGGAGCCCCCGGCGAUUGUGAAAAGCCUCGCAGCUUCUCAGAUGCAAAACACAGUGGUCGCAACCGCCCGCGUCAGGCCUGUGAUCAAGAACUUGGAACCCUCGAUUCCCUCGCAAGAUAGCUGGGGCAAGGAAAUAGCCAAGUCUCGGAAGAGGAAUAUUCGGAAACGAUGGUACAAUACUACAUUGAACAACCUCCUUCCACCCUUGCCAGAGAAGGAUCUCCAGAUUCUGGAUGGACUUGUUUCAGGGACUGUACCAUGGGAACCUGUCAAGCGGAGAAAGGUAAACCCCCAGAUCGCCCCGGCCAAGUCUGAGGAUGAGCUCUUCACGUUGCUAGCCAGAGGCCCCAAGAAGGGUAAAACUUUCACUGAAUAUGCCAAUGGUCGACCACACACAAUUACAACCAGAUUCAUGCGCCGUCAAUGGAGACGUCUAUCCGCUCUUGUGCCGCGACAGUACUGGAACCCGAUAUCACAAAAAUGGCGCUUCAUAUGGGACUCGCCAAAGGAAGUUCCCAGACUGUCUGUUGAUCUAGAUAAUAGUAUUGACUCGGCGAUCUACUUCAACCCGCCAACGGCGCCGAAGAAGAAUCAGACCAAGGCACCCCGAGCCCCCCAAUAA